AUGGAGAAUCCAGCUGAAUUGCUGAAUUUCUACUCUUUCCAACAAAGUGGCAGCUCAUCCCACCAAUCUUUCUCUUUUUCACAACUUUCUCGAGAGUUUUCGACUACUUCUUUCUCCAAUUCCUCCUCCUCCUCUUCACCUGCAUCGACUGACGUGGUGAUUUCCCCGAAUGCGGCGUACAUGGCGGCUGAGCUUAUCAUCGCCUUUUUCUCCAUUACCGGCAAUUUACUGGUCUGCGCCGCCGUGGGCCUCAACCGCAAACUACGCUCCGUCACCAACUACUUCCUGGUGUCGCUGGCAGUGGCAGACAUCUGCGUGGGUGUGAUCGCCAUCCCCUGUGCCAUCCUGACCGACGUCGGUUUGCCUCGUCACAACUUCUACCUGUGUCUGCUCAUGCUCAGCGUUCUGAUAAUGUUCACCCAGAGCUCCAUCUUCAGCCUGCUGGCGGUGGCUGUGGAGCGCUACGUCGCCAUCUUCAUGCCCUUCCGAUACCAGGUCCUGAUGAGGCCCCGCAACGCCGUGCUAGUGAUCCUCACCACGUGGCUGCUGGCCUUCCUCAUCGGGCUCGUCCCUCUCAUGGGAUGGCACAAGACGCCGCCUGAUUCGGGCCACUGCUUCUUCAUCCUGGUGGUGGACAUGACCUACAUGGUGUAUUUCAACUUCUUCGCUUGCGUGCUCACACCCCUAGUGAUCAUGUUCCUCAUCUACGCCCAGAUCUUUGUCACGGUCAAGCGGCAGGUGAGGCGGAUUGCGUGCGAGCGAAGCGGCAGAGGGGCGGGACAAGCGAGGGCUGCAGCCAGCAUGCGGCGAGAGAUGAAGACUGCGACGUCUCUCUUCCUGGUUCUUUUCCUCUUCACAAUCUGCUGGAUCCCGCUUCACGUCAUCAACUGCUUUCUGCUGCUGUGUCCUCGCUGCUUUGUGCCGCUGGAACUGCUGCUCACCGCCAUCAUCCUGUCACACGCAAACUCCGCCGUCAACCCCUUCCUGUACGCGUACACAAUGACUGCUUUCAGGGACACGUUUAAGGCAAUUUUUUUGUGCUGUAGGACGGUGGGAGACAGAGAGGCUGAUGAUAGAGACAGAACGGCCGCCUGAAGGGAACAACACACCUGACCACAUUGGCGAGACUUGAUUCCAUCGAAACCAAGGGUGUCAAACUCAUCUUAGUUCAGGGGCCACAUUCAGCCCAAUUUGAUCUCAAGAAGAGUGGACCCGUAAAAUUAAAGCAUAAUAACUGAUAAAUAACAAGAACUCCAAAUUUUUCCUUUGUUUUAGUACAAAAAAGUACAAUUCUGAAAAUGUUCACAUUUAAUAAACUGUGUUUUUAGAAAACACUAUGAACAAUCUGAAAUUUGAAACCGAGCACAUCUUGCAACCUCUUGAUCUUUGUCUCACCCUUCAGAUUUGACAGCUGGGAGCCUCUUCUUAAGCUCCUCCUUGUCU